AUGGAUGAUUCCAAUGAUGUAACUAUUUGUCGGGUGAUAAAUUCCGUUGAUAAAAAAUUAAUAAUUUUAACUACUCACUGGUGCGAAGAAUAUGUCAAAUUAAAUAUCAUAAAAAGUGAUGAUUUGCCACUUGAAGGACAGAAUUAUGAAAAGACACCAGAAGACUAUUUACAAGAAAUGAGAAGAGAACUUGCUGGCAAGGAUAACGAGGUGCAAUUUUCAUUACAAAAUAAUACAUUAACAUGGAAAAGAAAAAUUUGGAAAAGACCAUCCAUAAAAUGUGAACCGCUAUCAGAUAUAAUAUCAUAUUCAAAUCUUAUCCAUGGUAUUUUAGUUUGUAAAUCUAGUGUGGAGGAGAAUGAAAUAAAGUAUAGAGAAGAAAAUGAAACUUUAAAACGGACAAUUAGUGAUAUGGAGUCGGCAUUGACGACGAUGACUUCUAUUAAAAAUAAAAUGGAAGAUGCGCUUUACAGAAAAUUUUUAUUUAUUUUAAAAACUAAAAAAAAUAUGAUAAGAAAUUUACAAGAUGAAAUUAAAAAAUUAACUAAUUCUGUUUAUGACAAGUCUACUGACGUAAGUGAUAAUGAAGAAAAUAACGAAGUGGAAUUUAUGACUCCAAAGAAAAGGAAGAAGAUGGACAAUCUGCUCUUGGAAUCAAAGGAAGAACUUCCAGUGAAGACAAAAAGUCGUGUAUUUAAUGACAGAAUGUUUGACAUAAUAACGAAGACUAUAGAGCGGGAGAACUCACUGGUUCUAUCAGAAGAAAAAAUGAUUGCAGAUUUGACUAAUAAUAAUGAUGAUUGUAGCAAUGAUUCGGAUAUUAAUUUAAGGUACGAAGAUUCACAAAUAAUCGUAGAAUAA